CCAACUUUUUCCUCACUAGUGGCCCCAACCCCUCACCAGCAAUUCCAAAUACCCCCUCUCUCUAUUUAUUAUCCUACAAACAAAGAGUGGCAGUAGAGUCAUCUCAUGUCGAGAACUAGAAACUAGAAACCAUUUCACAUCUUCACAAACACACACACAGAGAGAGAGAGAGAGGGAAUGGGGAAUCACAGGUUUAAGUUAUCAGAUAUGAUUCCAAAUGCUUGGUUUUACAAGCUGAAGGACAUGGGGAAAGGAAGAAAUUCAAGGAAACAAAACACCACGCCCUCUCGGAAAAAGAAGCAAUCUUCUUCACCCCCCACAACCACACAAACACAUUCAUCAAAACCAAACCAACCCCACAACAACCAAUACUACAACAAACCCAGAAAGUCCUACUACUUCACAAGAGACCUUACUCCAUCCAACACCAAACUCCACCACACCUCACCCUCAAACACCCCAAAACUUUCCAAACAAACAACAACCUCAAAACUUGUCUCCUCAGGUUGUAGCUGCCGCACCACUCUAGAAUCCAUGUGGACCAAAUCAGAUUCCCCACAUGAACAUGAACAUGAACAUGAACAUGACCAUGACCAUGAACACUCCUCUUCAUCCCCGUUUGACACCUCACCCGAGUCACAAUCCCAAGAAUUCAGAACAGACCGUGUUCUCCCGUGUUCCUCAUCAUUCGAUGAAAUGCUUUCCUUGUCCACCACCUCUUGCAGCUUCACCACAAACAAAAACAACCCCACCAACGACACCAUCAUCAACGUGGACAAAAACUCCAUAGCAAGAAAAGACACCAACCUCGAUGGCUACCACAAUUGCAACAACCACUAUGAAGACGAUCACACUCACACCUUCUCAGAACUCGAGCUUCCCCCGAUCAUAACAAGGCCAAAGAAGAGUGAACUCAAACAAGGGUCGUUGAAAGUGAGAAUUUUGAAGGAGGAGGACCCUGCAAUGCUGAAGGAACAAAAGAAGAACCGUUCUGUGAGAAGGCAGAGGCUAUCUGUGAGUUCUCCGGGGGUGAGGUUGAGGGUCCACUCGCCGAGACUCGCCGGCCGGAAGGGGGCGAGUCCGGGCUGCCGGAGAAGCCUCUCCGGUAGCUUUGCGAUAGUGAAGUCCUCGUUUGACCCACAGAAGGAUUUCAGAGAAUCCAUGGUGGAGAUGAUUGUGGAGAACAACAUAAGGGCAUCCAAGGACUUGGAAGAUCUACUUGCUUGCUACCUUUCCCUCAAUUCAGAUGAGUAUCAUGACCUCAUCAUCAAAGUGUUCAAGCAAAUUUGGUUUGAUUUCACUCAACCAAGGUAGUAACAAAUUCUAAAGAUUUUAAGUAAGUUUGGUUGCAAUUCUGUCACAAUAUUUGAUAGUGUGAGAAAUUGCGACUAAUUCGGUUCCGAUACAAUUGCAGCAAGAUCAAAAACCUUGUUUCAUACUUGGUCUCGCAAUUGAGAUUGUAUGCAAAUAUGAUUUCAAUUUCAAACUAGCUGAUGCAACUGCAAUUGCGGUCACAUACAUAAGGUUCUCAAAAUUGAAAUAUUCAAUUUUGAAGCCUUUUAAGGUGGAUAAAAUUCUUGAUUAGUUUUUGAAACUUUUGCUUUCUCACAUAAAUUUUUAUCGGUGUAAUUAUGCAUGUAAUAUAUUAUGGUAAGUUGAAUGGACUCGAGUACUAAGCAAAUGAACAUUUGAUCA